GUUAUAUCUACACGCCAGGCUGCGACCUUGCGCUCUGCGCGCAAACUCUGCGCCUCCGCUGCGUGAACUUUAGCGAUCUCAACACGCCGCUGCUUUUUUUCUUCUUUUUUCCUCCUGCGUGUGCGCCGCGGCCAGACGCGUUUUCCCCCCCGCGUUCCCACGCAUCGAGCACCACCCGGAGCCACGCGAACUUCUUCGCAACAUCCUCGCCCAGCGGCACCGCGACGGGCUCGGUCCCGUCGGCCGACGCUCAUCUGCCGGGAGAAGCCUGGAGUCAUUACAUCAGAGUCACCGAGGACAAGGCCUCUGGAAAUGAAAGAGGGAAAAGGAUAACCUCAUGCACUGCGCAGACAUGAGAGGACAGAGGAACAUGUGAAGAUGUCCAAGAACAUAAUUAAAACAUGGUGCCUUAGGCUUCUCCCAGUCCUCUUCUUCUUCAUCGUCUUUGUCACAUACUACCAUUUCCCUGCCGUACUCCAGAGGUGCAUAAGCAACAGAAAGCCUCUGAACAAUAGCAAGUCACUGUGUGGCGGCUGGCAGACGCAGAAGAAGUGGGAGAGCCUGAACUUUAACAUCAGCAGGCAGACGCAGCUCUUCCUCCAGCUGGAGGACUUCUUCUGGAGGGAGCGUCUGUCGAAGCUGACGUUGCCGUACGGCUUGAAGGGCAGCGAACAGAUGCUGCUGAAAGUUCUUGCCAUGACCAAAAGUUAUGAGGUGCCAGCUCAGAUUAAAAAGCUUGAAUGCAGAACCUGCGUAGUCAUAGGCAACGGCUUCGCCAUUAAAAACAGCUCCCUGGGAAGCACCAUCAACAAAUAUGAUGUAGUCAUCCGGUUGAACGAUGCCCCAGUCAGAGGCUAUGAAAGCGACGUAGGCAACAAGACCACCAUGAGGUUCUUCUACCCGGAGUCGGCCUCCUACGACCCCACAAAGCACAACGAGCGCGACACACUUAUGGUGCUGGUGCCUUUCAAGCAGCAAGAUCUACGCUGGCUCAAAGAGAUCCUCUAUAAUGAGAAGAGGGUCAGGAAAGGCUUCUGGAAGCCCCCUCCUCAGAUCUGGCAGGGUGACGUCAGUAAAAUAAGAGUGCUGGACCCUCACUUUCUGUGGCAGACCGCGGGGACGCUGCUCCACAUCCCUCUGGACCCCAAGAGCAAGCAGAACCCAGUGCAUCCUACCACGGGGAUCCUCGCUGUCUUUGUUGCCCUGAACUACUGUGAUGUGGUCCACAUUGCUGGUUUUGGAUACCCGGAUUCAAGGAGCUACAGGCAACCGAUCCACUACUAUGGAUAUGAAACCAUGAAGUCUAUGAAGAACUCCUACCACGACGUGAAUCACGAGGCCGAAACUUUAAAACGACUAGAGGAAUCUGGGGCUAUUUCGUUCCUGCACCAACGUUUAUGACACACUUCUACCAGUUUUAUUGAAAUCAUAAAGAUACACUUGAAUUUGGUCAUCUGAUCCAGUCUAGACCUUAAUGUGCCUUCUGGCUUUUUGCUGGUACACUAAGUCAUCACUUGGCGACAGUGUUAAAAAUGUAGCUUUGAAUAACUUUUACCUCUCUGGCACCUUUACUCAGCAGAUCUGAAUAUCACGAGAACCAACUUAACUGCCUUUCUUUGGAUGUGUGACGAUGGCCCAGUGUUUUCAAAAGUGUUUUCGAGUGUCCUGUAAAACUAAUCAUAUGUACAAUGAUAUGAGAUUCAUUUUCAGUCAUGUGCGUUAGGCUUUAAAUCUGUUUUACAGUGAAAAAUGUUACAUUCUCUGUAGUUUUAGGGACUUACUUUGAACAAACACUUUUGUUUAAUUGAAUGGAUCAGACUGUUGAUUGAUUACAAUAUUAUAUAUUUAUAAAUGAAGUGAAACUCGAAUUGUGCACAACCGUGAGAGUAUGAAUUCGUGUGUUGCUUUGUUUCUUUAUUUAUUUAAUCUUUUUUGUUUUUCAGAAAUGAAUGGUACCACUGGAUAUUUUUUAUUGUACAAAAUGAAAUACAUUUAUUUGUAAUAAAAAUCAAUGAGAAUGAA